AUGCAUCACCGGGGGUUCCUUGAGCGGGAGCCGAAGCUCAAGGCUGUUCUGAUAUACUUCGAUAGCAUGAGGAAAACCAUGGGCAGCUGCUGGCAGGAGAUGCUCAAGGACAGAGACUUCACCCAGGCUAGUUGCACAGCUACCUGCUUGUGUCAAGAGAUCACAUUCGAGGGCAAGACACGAAGUGUUUCUCCCGCUAAUGAAAUUAUGAGCUUUUACUUGCACACUCCGGAGGCCACCAGUUUUGAUAAGCCGGAGGCAGAAAGAGUGUCUCGAAACGAAGUCGACGUCAAUACAAUCAUUACUCAGCCGCUUCCACUCCCAGACGCAACGGUCGACAUUUAUGGAGAUAUCACGAAGAGCGAUGGAGAUCUGCAGGUCGAUUUUGCAGACAUGUAUGUUGGGGGCCUAAGCAUGUGGGCAGGCCACGUUGCCCAGGAAGAACUGAUGCGCGGAGGCUCGAGUUACACGUGA